AGGCCGCAUGGUAUAGCAUAAGCUUAUCGUGCAGUGAGAAAUUGUAUACAUUCUAAAUUUUAAAAUUAUUAAUCUUGUGAAUUUUGAAUAUUUUGUUCAAUAAAACUUGAAACAAUGAAGGUCAAAAAGAGCGGAGAGAAAGCACAAUCAACUGUGCUCAAAACAGUAUCCAAAAUGAUAAUGAAAAAAGGAAAGCGAGUAAAAAAUAGUGAAAAAGAAGAGUUGGUAAAGAAAACGGAAACAUCAGAAAAACCUUAUACUAGAGGUUUGGUGUACUUAGGUCACAUUCCACAUGGAUUCUUCGAAGAAGAAAUGAGAGAAUACUUCAAACAAUUUGGAGUAGUCACAAGAGUGCGAGUCGCUAGAUCCAAAAAGACUGGGAAAUCAAAAGGAUACGGAUAUAUUGAGUUUUUGGAACCAAAAGUAGCAGAAAUUGUUGCAGAUACAAUGAAAUCUCAUGUAAUAUGCAAUAGGAAUUUGAAAGCGACCUAUAUUCCUAGCGAGAAAGUCCACAAAGGCUUUUUCUGUGGUAAAGCCUGGUCAGAAACAUUCUACCCCAAGUUGACCAACAGAUUAAAGGCUUUACAAAGUCAAGAGUCUCCCCAAACAGAGAAGCUAUACAAAAAGAGUAUGAAGAAAAAAAUGUCACAGCUUUCCAAGUUGGAAGAAAAAUUGCAAAAAGCUGGAGUGAAAAUUUCUUUAAAAGACGUUGUUCACCAACCUUUAGUUUAG